GACGCGGAAGUCUUCGAGGGACCUCCCAGAGACUCCUCGCUGCUGCUGCUCCUCGCUGCUCCUCGCUCGGGAGGAGGGAGAAUCUCGGAGCUCCGUGGGGGAAUCUGCCGCACGUGGAGCUCUGCACCAGCCAGGGGUUUGUUGCAAGAUUCCUCGCCACGCCGUCCAAGACCCCGCGAACUCCAUCUGCCGAGCGAGGGAGGUGGUGGGACCGCGACCCUCCCUAACCCCAGCGCCCCGCGCAGAGAUCGGACAUCACUCCCCCCCAUCCUCCACCACCCGCUGCGUCUUGUCAGCUCGCUCCACGGCUGUCCAACCACCCGGGGCAUGGAGUGGGAAGAGGUGAAGAAGAGGAAGAUGAUCGAUGACGGCGCUGUCGCAGCGGACGUCUCGUCACCUGGAGAUCACGCGGACACAGGAGUCCUGGCAGACGCCGCCAACGUUAACGAAGUCGACUCAAACAGCAUUAUGGACCCUCAACUGGAGUACAACAUGAACCAUGCAUCUCGGGGGCUGGCGCUGAUCUUCAACCACGAGGAAUUCCACUGGACCCUGCGUCUGAACAAGCGCCGUGGCACGCAGGCCGACUCCAACAACCUCGAGCGCAGGCUGCGUAAUCUGGGGUUCACGGUGCACGUCCACAAAGACAUCUGCACCACGGAGUUCCACCAGGUCAUCCUUCAGGCUGCCAAGGCGGACCAUUCGAGCUUUGACUGCUUCGUGUGCGCGGUGUUCACGCACGGCGAGCCCGGCACGCUCUACACCAAGGACGGCCUCGUCAAAACCAACGACAUCCUGGAGCAGUUCCGCGGCACGGUGUGCCCCUCGCUCGUCGGCAAGCCCAAGAUCUUCAUCUUCCAGGCGUGCCGCGGGGACAAGCACGAUGAGCCGGUGCUGGUGGAGACGGACGCGGUGGACCACUACCUGGUGCCCGAGGAGAACGUGGUGGUGGCCGACGCCGGCAUCGCCCCCACGCUGCCCUCCGCAGCGGACUUCCUGCUCUGCUACUCCGUGGCCGAAGGCUACUACUCUCACCGCGAGACGGUGAACGGCUCGUGGUACAUCCAGGACCUGGUGACGGCGCUGGAGCGCCACGGCUCGGAGCUGGAGCUGCUGGAGCUGCUGACGCUCGUCAACCGCAUGGUGGCCGCGCGCUGCGUCGACCGCUCCAACGACAUCAAAUCGCUGGGCAAGAAGCAGGUGCCCUGCUUCCUGUCCAUGCUGACCCGCAAGCUCUACUUCCGGGUCAAGCAGCCGACCAAUCAGAUCGCCUAAACAAGCGGGCGGCAGCGGCCGUAGCGGGAAGACCCCGGCACACGCCGGGCGGGCGACCCGGGGCGGCGCCGGGUGACUUGUACGGCGCAGCGGACGGGAGGCCACCGGAAAGUCGAGCUGCGACGGCCGACAAGGCGCCCCGACUCACCGGAGCCGCAGGCCGACCGGUGGGGGGCGGGGGGGGGUUGCCGCCUGUGUCUAGGUGUGAGGAGGUAGACGUCGACCCGUGGUGGUGGGGGGGGGUGGCGGGGGGGGGGUAAGGAAAUCUGUAAGAAGUUUUCUCGGGAGCAGUCUGGGUUUUUUUGUGUCGCUUGGGAAAUGAUUGUCACGACGAUGAGAGCAGGAGUAGGAACGCCGCAACACUCCAGACGGCACUAACCUUGUAGCUACGCAAGCCCGCAGGCUGUGUGCCGGAGGCUGUGUGCCGGAGGCUGUACGGCGACGAGUUUGCAAUUUCAUUUAACGAGAAGUGAAAAUAAAAAGCCUCUAAGAUUCCGGUGGAGCGACACCGUCGCCGCACGGCGUCGCCAUGGCGAGCGUUGCUGCGGCUUUUUAACCAGCAACUGCAUCGCCAAACUAAAACUGGCCGAGUGACCGGCUCAACCGUUCGCCAAGAUCAACGGGGUGAGCGGCAGCGAGAUCAGCGGGCUGUUUUGCCCAACCAACCACGGGGAAUCCAGUUGACGGGAGACGGACCAGCUGACCGUUCACCGGGGCACGGUGCCCCCCAAAUAGAUAUAUACAUAUUUGGGGGGCACUGCACCUCAUUAAUUUUCGCACGUAUCCUCGGGGUUAUGGGGACAUGGUUUAAGGGCUUCUGGUUAUGUCUAAGGGACAGGGUUUAGGGAUAGUUUUGUUACUGGUUACGCAUUAGGGGUUAGGGAUAGGGUUACAGGCUUGGUAUUAGGGAUAGGAUUGAGGGUCAGGGGUCAGGCAUUCGGGAUUUAUGUAUGUUGAACUUCUUUCACACCGUACGUAGCCAGCCAUGCUAAUCGGAGGGGUUAAGAGUAGAGAGUAGCAGUGAGACAUUACAGAUAGGGUUUAAGGCUCGCGAUAAGGCUAGGGGUUAGGCCUUGAGAUCGGAGUUAGGUUUAGGGGCUAUGGUUUAGGGUUAGACCCGACGUUCGCUCGAGGCCAAACAGAGAAAUCAUUUCACAAGAGCUUUUACAAAGGUUCUUAUUGAAAUUACACGGACGGGAGACAAAUAAGCAACGAGACAGCUUGCUCGGCUAUAAAAACACGAGGCUUUGAAAACAUUGUCGAGGGAGCACCGACGGUCAGAGCGAUGCGCGCUCCGGGUUGGUGGCGAGGGGGGGGGCGGCGAUCGCGCGUAACGAAACGAAACAUCGCGGGACGUAAUGCACUUACGUCAAACUUAUUUCGCCACCGUACGUAGCCAACCACGCUAAUGGUAGUGCGGCUCUUUAGCUUAGGGAACCUGCCCCCACCCUCACCCCCACCCUCGCCCCCACCCUCGCCCCCACCCUC